ACUGUUUAUUUAAAAAAGUAGAGUCUAAAAUUUCCGAUGGCGAUAUAAAAGGCGCCGCCCGCUUGCUUUUUUCUGAUGAUGCACUAGCCCCAUCUAACUCUGACACCCUCACAGCUCUACACAGCAAGCAUCCACCUCCAGCUACAAACCUUUGCCUGCCUGAUCCCCCACUACCGAGUGAUUCAAACCUCAUUGCCACCACACAGGAUGUCCUUGGAGCCGUAAUGUCUUUCCCCAAUGGCUCUGCGGGAGGUCUGGAUGGUCUGGCACCUAAGCACCUGAAAGAUCUCCUGUGCAGCGGCUGUGGUGAAACGGGGGAAAUACUCUUAAAGGACCUGACUACCCUGGUGAAUAUCAUGCUGACCGGUCAGGUCCCGGACCGCAUCAAGGACGUCCUGUAUGGAGCCAACCUUUGUGCCCUAACAAAAAAAGACGGCGGCAUCCGCCCCAUUGCAGUUGGCACCACACUCCGACGUCUUGUCGCCAAGAUCGCCUGCCGCUCCAUCCUUUCGAAGCUUACCCCAGAACUUCAACCGGUCCAACUGGGGUUUGGCUCCAAAAGUGGAUGUGAAGCCGCUGUGCACGCCGUGCGAACAUUCCUCGAUCAUAAGGCUGGAGAGGUGCUGCUUAAGGUGGAUGUUUGCAAUGCCUUCAAUUCCGUAGACCGGGGCACCUUGUUGACUCAAAUAAAAGACAAAAUUCCUCUGGUAUAUACAUUUCUUUGGCAAUGUUAUAGUUCUCCUUCCAAAUUAUUAUAUAAAACCGACGUUCUGGCUUCUUCUGUAGGUUGUCAACAAGGUGACCCGCUCGGCCCAGCAAUUGUUAGCCUCGCUAUACAUCCCAUCAUUAAGGAACUAAAUUCAAAAUUAAACGUUUGGUAUUUAGAUGACGGAGCCCUCGGCGGAGAAGCGAUUUCCGUCCUCGAAGAUUAAAAAAAAAUUAACACAGACAUGACAAAAAUUGGCCUGUCGCUAAAUUUCUCCAAGUGCGAACUUUUUAUCACCGAUUCCUGUCCGGACAAGGAAAAUACAAUCGACCUUUUUAGACAACUUGCCCCGGGUAUCAAAAUUAUAAACAAAGAAUCGCUUCACCUCCUUGGUUGUCCCGUCUUAGAUCAAUCCUUUGAAAACUUCGUCGACACAAAAAUUCAACAUUUCAAAGCAACAUCACACCGUUUGGCCAAAAUUAAUCUUCAUUCAACCUACUCAAUCAUUAAACAUUGCCUUUUCGUCCCAAAAUUUAUAUAUAUACUUCGCGGAACCCAUUUUUGGAAAUACCCCACUUUGGUUUCAAAAUUAGAUACAUUAGUCGUAGAAACAAUCACAUCCAUCUUCAAUAUUCCUUUUGACGAUAGAUCUUGGACCCAGGCUAGCCUACCCAUUAGGUUCGGCGGCCUGGGUAUCCGUAAAAUUUCUUGUGUUGCUCUACCUGCGUUCUUGUCCUCGGUGCAUGGUGCCCAAAGCCUUAUAGAGAAAAUAUUAGAUCCUUCCAUUGGAUCUAUGGAGGCCGCACACUGCUCCGAGGCCAUGAACGUUUGGUCCAUAACCUGUCCCGACACGGACCCGCCUGCCAAUCCCUGCUCGCAGAGGCAAUGGGACGAGCCGCUCUGUCAACUAGUACGGAAAAACCUUUUAGAUACGUCAACUAGUUUGGCAGACCGUGCUCGUCUCCUUGCGACUGCGGAGUGGGAGUCGGGUCUGUGGCUGCAGGCGCUUCCGUCUCCAAACAUAGGUACUUUUUUAGAUAACACCACCUUCCGCCUGGCAGCUAGCUUACGUUUGGGGGCAUCAACAAAUCAGCCACAUCGCUGUCAAUGCGGCGCCAUGGUAGACAUACUGGGCCACCAUGGCCUCUCAUGUGUCCGGAGCGCUGGUAGAAUGUCCCGCCACGCCAGUAUUAACGAUGUCAUCCGUCGGGCCCUUGUCAGUGCGAAAGUGCCGGCAGUCCUCGAGCCCAGCGGGCUGGCCAGGGACGACGGCAAGAGGCCUGACGGAAUGACGAUGGUGCCUUGGAGCAUGGGUCGGCCGCUAAUUUGGGAUGCUACUUGCGUUGAUACCCUGGCACCGUCCCAUGUUCUAAGCACCAGCGCCACCGCUGGCGUUGCGGCAUCCUCGGCCGAAAGCCUCAAGCGCCGCAAAUAUGCCGUCCUAGGAAGUAGCUACAUAUUUGCGGCGUUUGGCGUUGAAACCAUGGGGCCAUGGGGACCAAGUGCGCGUCGGCUGUAUAAAGAUUUGGCGACGCGCCUAAUAGAGGCCUCGGGCGACCAGAGGGCUGGCCACUAUUUCGCACAGCGUGUUAGUAUCGCUAUACAGCGUGGAAAUACGGCCAGCCUUCUGGGCACCUUGCCCAUUGACGGCGAUUUAGGCCAAAUUUUUUACCUAUAGGUUAACUUAAUAGUAAGUUUU